UUUGUAUAUCUGCAAGUUUGUUGAAUACUAUUUAUACUGGUUAUCUAUCUCCUGAUUAAUGUCGAGAAAUUACACUGACGUUGCCGUUGCCGUUGCCGCUUUCGUUGCCUUUGCGUUGACGAGUUACUAUGGAGGUGCAGGAGUUGCCAUUGUUGUAGUAUUAGGAGGGUUUGGUUCAGUUUAUAAAGGUAUAUUUAGUAAUGGAACACUUGUGGCAGUGAAGGUUCUAAGGGGUACCUCAGACAAGAGAAUUGAUGAGCAAUUCAUGGCUGAAGUUAGUACACUUGGUAGGAUUCAUCAUUUCAACGUGGUUCGUCUCCAUGGUUUCUGCUUUGAGAGACACCUUAGAGCGCUUGUUUAUGAGUAUAUGUCAAAUGGUUCUCUUGACAAGUUUUCUUUUCCAUGGAAACAAGAUUUUAGGAUUUGAAAAGCUUCAUGAAAUUGCAGUUAGGACAGCUAGAGGGAUUGCUUACUUACAUGAAGAAUGGCAGCAGCGUCCACUAUGAUAUAAAACCUGAAAAUAUUCUUUUGGAUGUGAAUUUCUUCCCCAAGGUUGCUGAUUUCAGUUUGGCCAAGCUAUGCAACAGGGACAAUACUCAUAUAACAUUGACAAGUGGGAGGGGAACACC